GCUUUCUAAUAGGUGUAUUGAUAAACUAUUUGUAACCAAAAACGAUGACGGAAAAUGCAGUUCACAAAGCUCUUCCAAAUAAGAAGUGCACAGAACUGAUUUCGAAAAGAGUAGGAAAAUCGUUUAUUUGAUGAACUUUCAAUUUUCCAUACAGCCGUAAACAUCAUCAUGUCAUUUUCUGUUUAUUUAGAAAUAUUACUCUUGGCGUUUUGGCUUCAUCUAACAAACUAUCUUUGUGUGGCCAUUGUUUGUUACAAGUGCGAUUCCUUGACACUAGAGUCUUGUGCUACAACUUUAGAUGAAACAGUUCUGCCUUAUGAGGACUGCAAGACGUCAUUGCAGUGUGUUAUGUCCAUAGUUGAUUCGAUUACAUAUCGUGGUUGUGGCGCUAAUACACCAACGCUUGGUGCAACAUAUAAAAAAACUUGUCCAGAUAAUUUAUGCAACAAAGGUGUUUAUCCCCCAGGCAGACUGAAAUGCUAUCAAUGUGCAGAUGGUAUGGAAUGUGUUAACAAGCAAAUUGGUAAACCACAUCCAUGUCUCUACCACAAUGAAAUCGACCAAUGUUAUACAGAAGUACGAAGUGAAACUGAAGUAUACCGCGGUUGUGCAACAGAUCGCAACCACACCAUAAGAGGAGAUGCUGAGUAUUGUGAAGUAAACGGUUGCAAUGCAAACACUGCUGCCGUUCCACUUAGAUGUGCUGUAUGUGACUCCAAUGUUGAACGCGGCUGUAAAAUGGAUUUGUUUGAAGUGAACACUAACUCCUGCAAUAUAACAAAAUAUGAAACGUGCGAAGUGUUUUCACUGCUUACGCAUGAAGAGACCUGUUUCAAGUAUAAACAUUUGAAUCGCGUUGUGCGCGGCUGCACAAAGGAUAUGCCACACGAUCUUAAGGCGGAUAUAACGCAUGUGGAGCAAUGCAGUAAUUUGGAUUAUUGUAACGCCAAAUGCGUAGAGCAACAAAAGUGUUUGGUUUGUGAUACAGCAACAAAUCAAAAUUGUCGUGGCAAUGUUGGUGAUAUUAUCUUGAGUACUUGUAGUUCAGCUCAACAGUCAUCAUGUUAUGCAUGCAAACAUUCCGAUUGGCGUGAAGAACGCGGGUGUGGAAAACCACCAACAAUAACAAGUACGAGUAAUUGUUAUGAAUGUGAGACAACGCGUUGUAAUGCGGUACCGUUUAACAGUUGUUACAAAUGCACAACCGCCAAGAAUCCAAAUUGUGCUACUUGGGAGCGACCUGGUUACAUAGAAAUCGAAGAGUGCUCUACACCGGGAGCAGCUUGUAUAAUUGCUACUUUUAAAAAUGGCACCACACAACGAGGUUGUGAAAGUGCACAAUUAAGUUGCAAUGACACACUGCUCAAUUGUCAAAAUUGCAAUGGAAGUUUUUGCAACAAAAAUGUCUAUCCAGCACAUAGUUUACGUUGUUAUCAAUGUGCCGGUGCCAAUUGUGAUUUUGUUGAUGUAGAACCCAAAGAUCCACUACCUUGUCCUCCAUGGCCUAUGACGCCAGUAAACGAAACUGAGUAUUGUUUCUCAUUUUUAGAUCCUGUGGUGGGUAUGAUACGUGGCUGUAAAAGCAAUACAACUCAAUACAUUGAUUGUAUGGUACGCGGCCAAGGUCUAAAGGGUUGUAAAGUUUGUUUAACAGAUGGCUGCAAUAAUUUGCCAGCUACACAUAAACCCACUUUGCAAUGUUAUCAAUGUGAAGCAAAUGAUUUUAAUUGUCAGGCACAGCAGUUAACUGCACGGUACUUGCAGCAAUGUACUGAAAUGGUUAACUUUGGCGAAGAAGAAAGUUGCUUCACCGCGUAUUAUUUCGAUGGCACUAUUACACGUGGUUGUACGUUGGACCAUGAAAAGGAGAUAACUGCCAAACGCACACCAGCAGGUGUAGUCUAUUGUUCGAGCGGUGCUUGUAAUUCUGCUGAAGCUGCAGCGCAUUUUUGUGUCACUUGCCAAGCAGUCAAUUUACGGAAUGCGACAGACGAUUGCAUCUCGCAGCCGCAACGUUUAGUACCACAAAUGUGUAGCAAUAAUACAAAAAGCUGUUAUACUUUAAUUACUGAUUCACAACUGGUACGUGGUUGCAGUAAUAAUUUACCAUUUUCUUUAUUAAUGAAAACCAAUUAUUGUCAUUCGAAGUCGAACUCGAAAUGCCGUAUUUGUGAACAACACAUAUGUUCUAUUAACAACUAUUUUGAGACCAAUGACAUUGAAGUUAUGAGAAGAAAUCAUCAUUCAUCAUCACCAAAUGGUACUAAACAAAUAAUUUGGUAUCUUUUACUAUUACUAAUUUUUAAUAGCAGUACUUUUUAUUAUUAAAAACAACAAAUACAUUUUUUUAUUUAAUAUAUUAUUUACACUUUAUAAUUAUUGAUCCGAAAUCAACAAUUCUUGCAAAAUUAUAUAUCGCACCGAAAAGCAGGAGCAGAUACGAGUAUCACAAUAAAUUUAGAAUAAAAUAAAACAC